AAUAGGAAGAGAAAAGCGAAAAAUUUGUAAUUGUAGUUGCAGGUUAGUUGAGUUGAGCUGGGGGUUGGAGGUUGCAGGUUGCAGUGAAGAGCAGUAACAGUGAGUAAUUUGGUUUUUGGGGUGAGUUGUAUGAUUGAACCCCUCGUCCCUGCUCUGUUAGUGUUGAUUGUUCCAUGUGUGUGUGAGAAAACGUAGAAGAGAAGAGAAGAAAAGAAAAGAAUAAAAUACAAAGCGGCUAAGAGUCUUCAUCAAGUGGCAACGCAACGAUGGCGUCGUGUUCUUCCGCUGGCCUCCGUGUGUUGCUGCUGUUGCUGCUUGUGAUUGCGGCAGGCGCUGACGAUGCGAAACGGGACGACGAGAGGGCUCCCAAGUCCGAAUCGUGCGAUAACCCCUUCCAAUUGGUCAAGGUGAAUAACUGGAUUGAUGGCGAGGAAGGUCAUGUUUACAAUGGCGUCACUGCUAGAUUUGGCUCUUUAUUGCCUGAGAAAGCUGAAAAUAGCGUCAGAACUCGUGCUAUUUUUUCUAAUCCUAUUGACUGCUGCUCCACUUCAACUUCAAAGUUAUCUGGAUCAAUCGCUCUCUGUGUGCGUGGGGGUUGUGAUUUCACAACUAAAGCUGCAUUUGCACAGUCUGGAGGUGCUACUGGCAUGUUGGUGAUAAACGAUGCAGAAGAUCUCUUUGAGAUGGUUUGCUCCAAUAGCAGUGAGGCAAACAUUUCAAUUCCAGUUGUGAUGAUAACAAACUCAACAGGAGAAGCUUUCAACAAGUCUUUUACAUCUGGAAGUAAAGUGGAAAUUUUGUUAUAUGCUCCACCUCGCCCACUUGUAGACGUCUCAGUUGCAUUUUUGUGGCUUAUGUCUGUGGGAACAAUUGUAUGUGCUUCACUAUGGUCAGAUCUAACUACUUCUGAGAAAUCUGAUGAGCGAUAUAAUGAAUUGUGUCCCAAGGAAUCUUCAAAUUCUGAAACAGCAAAAGAUGAUUCUGAUAAGGAAAUUGUUAACAUUGAUUCGAAGGGUGCUAUCAUAUUUGUCAUAGCAGCAUCUACCUUUCUUGUGCUAUUGUUCUUCUUCAUGUCAUCUUGGUUUGUCUGGGUGCUGAUUGUACUUUUCUGCAUAGGUGGUAUUGAGGGGAUGCACAAUUGUAUUGUAAGCCUUACUUUAAGAAAAUGGCAAAAUUGUGAUCAGAAGACAGUGAAUUUACCUCUAUAUGGGGAAAUUUCUAUUUUCUCGCUGGUAGUGUUGUUAUUCUGUGUGGCAUUUGCAAUUUUCUGGGCUGCUACUCGACUUGAAUCAUAUUCCUGGGUUGGCCAAGAUAUUCUUGGCAUCUGUUUGAUGAUAACAGUCUUGCAGUUGGCUCGAUUACCUAAUAUUAAGGUUGCAACUGUACUCCUUUGUUGUGCCUUUGUCUAUGACAUUUUUUGGGUAUUCAUAUCUCCAGUGAUAUUCCACGAGAGUGUUAUGAUUGCAGUUGCUCGAGGUGACAAGGCUGGUGGGGAAGCAAUUCCUAUGCUUUUAAGAUUUCCUCGUCUUUUUGAUCCUUGGGGAGGUUAUGACAUGAUUGGAUUUGGGGAUAUUCUCUUUCCUGGUUUGCUUGUAUCCUUCGCUCAUAGAUUUGACAAAGAUAAUAAGAAGGGUGCAUCAAAUGGAUAUUUUCUUUGGUUGGUAAUUGGCUAUGGCAUUGGUCUCGUUUUCACAUAUUUGGGGCUAUAUCUGAUGAACGGAAGUGGGCAACCUGCACUCCUCUACCUUGUCCCAUGUACACUAGGUGUCACUAUUAUAUUGGGAUACAUAAGAGGUGAGCUGAAGAGCCUUUGGAAUUAUGGCACAGACUCAUCCUUGUCCACAGAAGCUUCUGAAGUUUAAAAAAUAACAUUCAUCUUUUGAGAAUUGAAGAAAUUGAACUGGAACUUGGGAAAUGAUCUCAGCUUGGUAUGAAAUGAUGCAUGGUUGGGAAAGACAGAAGGUGUACAGACAACUCUUCGCGGGCCUUCAUAACUACUUUUGUGUGAAUGAUUAAUUUGUGUUUCUUUAUUGCUUUAUGUCAUUCAUAGUUCUCUUGUAAAAAGAAUGAAAAGCAGAAGGAAAAGUAGUUAUUCGAAAUUUACCAUUGAACUUCAUUCACAUUUCUAACUGCCAUAGUGAAAAUUGAACCGAGGCUUAUCAUUAUUGUUUUUCCUCGUUCUAUUUUCUGUCAAUUCCUUGUCAGUUGUCAAACUAAAACUUGGUAAAUGCGGAUACAUGCAUUCACAAGGCUAGAUGGGCUAAUACACGCGUAAAAAAGUUUCG